AUGCUAGUGCUGAGCUACCCUUUUGUGUCGGAUUCCGAAGCUGAGGGCUCUGACCUGGACGUCGACGAUCUCGAGGCCAGAGCUGUGGGGGUGCCUCUUGAUGCUGCUCUCACGGCGGCGCAGGUUUCGAGUGUUUUCAGCAAGAUGCAUAUUUACAGCAGGACGGUGCAUAUACAGGCUUCCGAAGGGGCCAAGUUCUUGUGUGGCCGACCCAUAACCCGCAAUUUUGGCGAGUUGGAUCAGAAUGUUCCUGCCUCUGACCUGCUCGUAUGCAAGCGGUGUAGCCAAACAUACAAGAGCAGCUGA